AUGGCACUCUAUACUUCAGGGCUGGUCCGGACAGUAGCCCGGACCGGUGUCACCUUCGUGCCCCGACGAACGCUAGCCUCAACCCCCAUUCGUUCCGCAGAUUUCAAUGCCGACAACUCAUCCAGUGGAUGGUGGUCCGGCUUGAAGAACAUGGUCGGUGGUGGCCAGUCCAAAACCAAGGUCACUCAACGACCCUCGGCCCCUAAGAAGGAUGAAGGUUCACUAGGCGCAAGCUCGAUCUUCGGGUCCGACUUCCAACCAUCCAAGGGCCAAAUGCCCUCCAAGGCGCAACAAGGAGCCGGAGAAGCAGUCGACCGCGAUACCAGCCGUGUGCACCGAGGACUCCUGCCCGAUCCUAACGCCCAGCUGCGGUGGGAGAGAAAAAUUGCCGUACGAGAGAUCCGCAAGCGAGGCCGCCUACCAAAGCAAGUCCAGAUCAAGCGCACCGAGCGCGAGCAGCUCUCGAAAUCCCACUUUUUCAAGACCUCAGUGAAGAAGCUGGGUCCUCUGGCCCGACAGAUCGCCGGUAAGAACAUCGACGAGGCCAUCCUGCAGAUGCGUUUCAGCAAGAAGAAGGCAGCCCAGGAUGUAUUGGGACACCUUGAGCACGCCAAGAACCUCGCCAUUGUCCGUUCCGGUAUGGGUCUCGGCGCCGAAAAGGGUUCUAAGCCCCUCACCGUCAUUCUCAAGAGCGGCGAGCGCAAGAAGAUCGAAAAGCCCACCGAUAUCUACAUUCAGCAGGCCUGGGUUAACCGUGGUCCCUACGGACAUGAGAUGGACCACCGUGCCCGUGGUCAGAUCAACAUGAUGCGUCCCCCCACCACAGGCCUCUCUGUUCUGUUGAAGGAGGAGAAGACUCGCAUCCGCGAGUGGGAGGACCGCGAGGCCAAGGCCCAGCGUGCUCGUCGCGACCAGCUCUGGACUCAACUGCCAGACCGCAAGAUCCCCACACAGAACCAGUACUACAGCUGGUAA